AAUGGGUUUCAGUGAAGAAGAAGAAGUAGCUGGUCCUGGAAUGGGAAACAUAAUUGCCUUGAGUGCAACAGCACCUACUGAUGACAUGGAGUCACAGACUAGAGAAGCAGGGAUACAACGCAAACUUCAGCGUCAACUAUCUCGCCAACUAAGCAGUGCUGAUCAAGGUGGUUCUCCUAAAAAGACACUUCGUCAAUUGAGUGAACGUGCAUCCAGCCGUAAGUUGUUGAGGCAGAAAUCAGUUGCUGCUGAAAAGGCUAAGGAGAGAGACCAGGAAAGAUCCAGGCUGAUUGAUAAAGAAAAGGCUGAAACGGGAAUGGUGAGAAUAUGCUUGAAAACAUCUCAUUUUAUUGUAUCAUUUAGUGAAAUUUCUGGUCUUAGUUUUACUGAUAAUUUGAUGCCAGAGUAA